GAGAACUCGAGAAUGUCCCCAGGAGAGGCCAGCCCCACACUGGGCCCCAGGAGUUGUGCCCUGACCUUUCCAGAGUCCCUGACUUAACCACCCUGUGCCUUCCACGCUUUGCUACAGACUUCUCCACCCAGGUGAACUCCUCGUCUCUCAACUCCCCGACGGGGCGAGGCUCCAUGGCUGCCCCCUCACUGCACCCCUCCCUGGGACCUGGCAUCGGCUCCUCGCUGGGCUCCCCAGGGCAGCUACACUCGCCCAUCAGCACCCUGAGUUCACCCAUCAACGGCAUGGGCCCACCCUUCUCGGUCAUCAGUUCACCCAUGGGCCCUCACUCCAUGUCAGUGCCCACCACACCCACCCUGGGCUAUGGCACGGGCAGCCCCCAGCUCAGCUCACCCAUGAACCCUGCCAGCAGCAGCGAGGAUGUCAAGCCCCCGCUGGGCCUCAAUGGCGUCCUCAAGGUCCCUGCCCACCCCUCAGGAAACAUGGCAUCCUUCACCAAGCACAUCUGCGCCAUCUGUGGGGACCGCUCCUCAGGCAAGCACUACGGGGUGUACAGCUGCGAGGGCUGCAAGGGCUUCUUCAAGAGGACGGUGCGCAAGGACCUCACUUACACCUGCCGCGACAACAAGGACUGCCUGAUCGACAAGCGGCAGCGGAACCGGUGCCAGUACUGCCGCUACCAGAAGUGCCUGGCCAUGGGCAUGAAGCGGGAAGCCGUGCAGGAGGAGCGGCAGCGUGGCAAGGAGCGGAGUGAGAACGAGGUGGAGUCCACAAGCAGUGCCAGCGAGGACAUGCCGGUGGAGAAGAUCCUGGAGGCCGAGCUGGCCGUCGAGCCCAAGACCGGGGCCUGUGUGGAGGCAAGCACGGGGCUGCACCCCAGCUCGCCCAACGACCCUGUCACCAACAUUUGCCAGGCGGCCGACAAGCAGCUCUUCACCCUUGUUGAGUGGGCCAAGCGCAUCCCGCACUUCUCUGAGCUGCCCUUGGACGACCAGGUCAUCCUUCUGCGGGCAGGCUGGAAUGAGCUGCUCAUCGCCUCCUUCUCCCACCGGUCCAUAGCCGUGAAGGAUGGGAUCCUGCUUGCCACCGGGCUGCACGUCCACCGGAACAGUGCCCACAGCGCGGGAGUGGGUGCCAUCUUUGACAGGGUGCUGACGGAGCUCGUGUCCAAGAUGCGGGACAUGCAGAUGGACAAGACGGAGCUGGGCUGCCUGCGUGCCAUCGUCCUCUUCAACCCCGACUCCAAGGGGCUCUCAAACCCGGCUGAGGUGGAGGCGCUGAGGGAGAAGGUGUAUGCAUCCCUGGAGGCCUACUGCAAACACAAGUACCCUGAGCAGCCAGGCAGGUUUGCCAAGCUCCUGCUCCGUCUGCCUGCUCUGCGCUCCAUUGGGCUCAAGUGCCUGGAACAUCUCUUCUUCUUCAAGCUCAUCGGGGACACACCCAUUGACACCUUCCUUAUGGAGAUGCUGGAAGCCCCACACCAAAUGACUUAGGCCCCUUGGCCCCUCCUCCCACCCACGUGGUCUGGCCACCCUGCCUGGACACCAGCUGCUCUUCUCAGCCUGAGCCCUGUCCCCAACCUUCUCUGCCUGGCCUGCGUGGACCUGUGGGUGCAGCCUGUCACUGCUCUGCCUGAGAUAUGCUGUCACCCUCCU